UUGUGAAGAUGCUGAAACUUCCAAAAUACUACAGUAAGCUUGAAAAUGAUUUCACGUUAUGUAAACCUAUGAGACUUUACUCUGCAAUGGACAAAGCCUUUUUUCUAGACCGUUUGAUGUUUCCACUUAAGUCCGCUGUUCAGAAUAAUAGGAAUGAAAAGAAUUAUAAGGGAGAACAGAUUUCAUUCAGCAUCGAUGAACUUUGUGACAUGAUGGCUAACACCUCACUGGGUUCACCAUACUAUAGAUACAUCAGGAUUAUACAGUUACUAUACAAUCAUGAAUAUUUGCGUUGCUUUCCUGCACAUUACAGAAAGAAACUGGAAGUCUACUUGGACUCUUACAUCAACCACCAAAAUCCUGCAAUAGGCAGGCAAUUCUUCUACCAGUCUUGCACUGAAUUUGGGUUCUUUCAGACCACGGAUUCAAAGAACCAGCCCUUCACUGGGUUGCCUCUCAGUUAUUUUGUUCAACAAUGUUCUGAUUUCUUUGGCCCUGAGUUCAAUUAUGAUUCACUGAACACAGGUGUUAUGUCGACCAAUGCAUACUAUGGUGGCUUCAACGUGACAGGAAGCAAAAUCAUCUUUCCCAAUGGUUCCUUUGAUCCUUGGCACCCUCUGGGGAUCACAAAGGAUAUCAGUAAAGAUUUACCUGCUGUCUUCAUUAAAGGUUCAGUACAUUGUGCAGAUACAUUCGAACAAAAGGAUAUUGAUUCAGCUGAACUGAUUCAUGCACGAGAAAAAAUCUUCCGGAUUCUACGAAAAUGGCUAAAGAAAUAGAUCUCUCUGAAAAACACAUGCAACAGAACCUGAAAUCUAGACUCUCAUUUUAUUGCUGAAAUGCAAAAUGUCCUACAAGGGUGAAAUUAGAGUAAUCCCUCUCUGUAGGAUUUAAGUUGGUUUUGUGUUCAUGGAGGGUCAUCUUGUUCCUCCUUUCUUGGUGACCUUGCAAAGGAGCAGAUCAUCCAGCACACAAGAAAUAAUUACCCUGGAAUACCAGGUGUAAACAUUCAGUUGGUUGCCAUGGUGAUGGAAGCUAUACUUUCCAUGUUUUCCUGAACAAUCUCUAUUUCAUCACUCUUAUUCUUUUCAAUAAAGGCUGUUCAUAACAUGCAAAUAUAAAUGUUUUGAUUUGUUUUA